UUUUGGUGCCGCCUCUUCUCCUUCGAGUUGUAACCUCCCUCUUCAACCCUAGGUUAGGGUUUAUGCUGUAAACCCCUUAUUUGGGAUUGAACUCUAGUUCAGGUUUUUCUCUCCUUCUUUCGUGCCUUUCUUUUCAUCUUACGCCGCAGCACCAGCCUCAACAUAAGGUUUGUUGGAGGAGAAAAAAUGCUUGUGCUUUUUGAAACUCCUGCGGGAUUUGCACUUUUUAAAGUGCUGGAUGAGGGGAAACUCUCUAGAGUUGAGGACUUGUGGAAGAACUUUUCCAGCGCGGAUACUGCUAGACAGGUGGUCAAAUUGAAAGCAUUUUCUAAAUUUGAUAACACUUCAGAAGCUCUAGAGGCAGCUACUUUACUUAUUGAUGGAAAAGCUAGCAAGGGACUGCGGAAGUUCCUUCGUGCUCAUUGUGAAAAUGAAACACUUGGUGUUGCUGAUUCAAAGCUUGGGAAUAUGAUUAAGGAGAAAUUGAAAAUCGACUGUAUUCACAAUAAUGCUGUUAUGGAGUUAAUGAGAGGUGUUAGGAACCAGUUAACUGAACUCAUAGCUGGUCUAGCUGUACAAGACAUGGCCCCAAUGAGCUUGGGUUUAUCUCAUAGCUUAUCCAGAUACAAGUUAAAGUUUAGUGCAGAGAAGGUGGAUACCAUGAUUGUCCAGGCUAUUGGUUUACUUGAUGAUCUUGAUAAAGAGUUGAAUACCUAUGCCAUGAGGGUUCGAGAAUGGUAUGGUUGGCAUUUUCCAGAGCUUACCAAAAUAAUACAGGAUAACAUCCUAUAUGCAAGGGCAGUCAAGUUGAUGGGUGAUCGGGUUAAUGCAGCUGGCCUUGAUUUCUCUGAGAUUUUGCCAGAGGAAGUUGAGGCAGAGCUGAAGGAGGCAUCUGUGAUAUCUAUGGGAACUGAAAUUGGUGAGCUUGAUUUGGUAAAUAUUAGACAACUCUGUGAUCAGGUUUUGUCUCUUUCGGAAUACAGGGCACAACUCUAUGAUUAUCUUAAGAGUAGGAUGAACACCAUUGCACCUAAUUUGACUGCACUGGUUGGGGAGCUUGUUGGUGCUCGCCUCAUUGCUCAUGGUGGUAGCUUAUUGAAUCUUGCGAAGCAGCCUGGUAGUACUGUGCAGAUUCUGGGUGCUGAGAAGGCUCUCUUCAGGGCAUUGAAGACCAAGCAUGCUACCCCUAAGUAUGGACUUAUAUACCAUGCAUCUUUGAUUGGUCAGGCAGCUCCAAAGUUCAAGGGGAAGAUUUCUCGGUCACUUGCUGCAAAGUCAGCUUUGGCUAUUAGGUGUGAUGCACUCGGAGAUAGUCAAGAUAACUCCAUGGGAUUGGAGAACAAAGCCAAGCUUGAAGCUCGAUUGAGGAACCUUGAAGGCAAAGAAUUAGGUCGUUUUGCUGGUUCUGCUAAGGGGAAGCCCAAGAUAGAAGCAUAUGACAAGGACAGAAAGAAAGGAGCUGGAGGACUAAUAACCCCUGCUAAGGCAUAUAACCCUUCAGCUGAUUCAGUUAUUGGGAAAAUGGUUAAUUCUGCUAUGGAUACACAAGAGCCAUCUAUUGGUGAUAAAAAGAAACAAAAGAAAGAAAAGAAGGAUAAGAAGAAAAAGGAGGAGAAAAAUGAAGAGGAUGCAACUUUGCAGGCUGAUGGAGAUGUUGGUGAGGAGCCGGAACCUGAAGUCGUGAAAAAGGAUAAGAAAAAGAAAAGGAAGGAAUCUACUGAGAAUGCUGAGUUGCAGAAUGGGAAUGACGAUUUGAAUGCAGGAGAAAAAAAGAAAAAGAGGAAAAAGCAUGCAGAGCCAGAAGAAUCUCCUGAAAUGCCAAGCAAAAAGAAAGGGAAAAAAAAGAAAAAUGAGGACUAAAGUGGAAUAGCGGUGUAGGCUUUCGGCUAAUCAAUCUGGUUAAAUGACAACCAUUUUUGUAUACUUCUGGCAGUUCAGUAGUUUGUUUGGUAUAAUUUUGUUUCCAUUUUAAUGCCAUCUGUAGCUUUAUACAUCGUUAUUAUUUUUUAAUGGGACAUUUUGCCUUUCUGGACUAGUGGACAAUUUGAUGCAAUCGUGGUUGAAUGGAAGAUGAUGGUGCUCUACCCAUUGUAAUGAUAUUUUACUCAUCUUUUUCUGAUCU